UAUAUGCGUUUUAUUUAUUUUCAGUUCAUUAAAAAAAAGAUGACCCGGACAUGUUCGUGACAGGAGUACAGCGUGAGAAUAUUUAUGUCCUGUUCUGCACUAUAUGGGAAUGUGUCAGGGCUGAUCUUCACAAAAAGCAGACAUUAGGAGGGGUGUUUACUCUAGGGUCCGGGUGGGUGGGCGUUUGGAGGGUUAGUCUGUAUGUACUCUAAACUAUAGGGCUGAUUGAGCUGCUGAACACCGGUGGGUUUGGCUCCGCGCUCGUUACGCGACGUGACUGAAAUCUGAGGCGGGUUUAAAAGGCUUCGAGCAGAGGCACAGACAGUCGAGGGGAGACAUUUGGAGGUCUAGGUUGCACAGGCAUUAGAUAUUAAGAAUUAGAAAUCGACAGUUACUUGUUUGGAGACGCAAAGUAACUCCAAGGAGUCAAGGACAAAAUGGAGAUAGUUUAUGAUUCAGCCCUUGUGGGAUUUCAAUCUCCAACCUUUUGCUUACCAGCACAGAUAUUUAACCACUAGGUUUCAGCAUCUCUAGCUCGUAGCGGAGCAGCGCACAGCGCGCAACGGGACACCGGCGUUUCCAUUUACGCACGUCGUUCGUGCGCAUUUUAACGCGUUAGACUGCUGUUGUUACAAUGGGACUCCUGAGCAACACAUCGCACCCGGUGAACUCCACCGACCGGUUCGGACGCGACGAAGAAGUGGCGAAAAUAGAGAUCGCAGUCCUCAGUGUCACCUUCGUGGUCGCUGUUAUCGGGAACUGCAGCGUGCUGGUGGCCAUUCACAACACCAAGAAGAAAACCUCCCGCAUGCAUCUGUUCAUCAAACACCUGAGCCUGGCCGACCUAGUGGUCGCGUUUUUCCAAGUCCUUCCGCAGCUGUGCUGGGAAAUCACCUUUCGUUUCUACGGUCCGGACUUUCUCUGCAGGAUCGUGAAGCACCUGCAGGUGAUGGGCAUGUUCGCCUCCACGUACAUGAUGGUGAUGAUGACUCUAGAUCGCUACAUCGCCAUCUGCCACCCUCUCAAGACCCUCCAGCAGUCUACCCGGAGGUCCCACAUCAUGAUCGCGGGCACCUGGAUCAUCAGUUUGCUUCUCAGCACCCCUCAGUACUUCAUCUUCUCCCUCAGUGAGAUCCAGAACGGCUCCGAGGUUUACGACUGCUGGGGUCACUUCAUCCAGCCCUGGGGAGUCCGCGCCUACAUCACCUGGAUCACAGCUGGGAUUUUCCUCAUCCCGGUGAUCAUAUUAAUGACCUGUUACGGAUUCAUAUGCCACAGCAUCAGGAUGAACAUCAGAUAUAAGACCAAGAAGACGCCGACGGACGGCGCGCACAAGAACGGGCUGAUCGGGAAGAACUCGGUGAGCAGCGUCACCACGAUCUCCAGGGCGAAGUUACGCACCGUCAAGAUGACUUUCGUCAUUGUUCUCGCCUAUAUCAUAUGCUGGGCGCCGUUUUUCACCGUGCAGAUGUGGUCGGUGUGGGACAAGAACUUCAGCUGGGAUGAUUCAGAGAACACGGCCGUCACUCUGUCUGCGCUGCUGGCCAGUCUGAACAGCUGCUGUAACCCGUGGAUCUACAUGGUUUUCAGCGGACACCUCCUGCAGGAUUUCGCCCACUGCUUCCCCUGCUGCCACAAGAUCCAGCAGAGCUUCCGGAAAGAGGAUUCGGACAGCAGCUUACGGAGAACCACGCUGCACACCAAAACUGCCAACCGCAGCCCCACGUGCAGCACAGGCACCUGGAAAGAGUUUGAUCAUUCGCCCAAAUCCAGCAGGUUGACGUGACGUGACGUGACGUGACGUGACGUGACGUGACGUGACGUGACGUGACGUGACGUGACGUGACGUGACGUGACGUGACGUAGCCGGCCUCUGGGAAUGUGACUUUAUUGAUCUGCACUUUGGUGAGACUCUCACAGCGGGGUUAUAAAACUCAAAGCUUUGGAUGCGGAUUGAGCUCCAAAUGAGAUAAAACACACUAUUAUUGCUCAGGAGACACAAAGGAGUUAAUUCUGAUUCAUGUACACAACUUAAAAAACUAAAAUCGGACUCAAAUGAGUUGCUUGUUAUCAUGCAGUAAGAGUCUUGAGCUGUGAAAUGAAUGUGCAAAGCGGCUCAGAUCAUUUGAUUGAGUUCAUAUGGAGACCUCUGAACACAGUUUGAGAGACUUUGCUACUUCAGCUGAAAUCUCUAUUUGAUGGUCUUAUUGCUGUCAUCAGAGAUUUAGUCUUGCUGAAGAAUGAUUUUUCUUAAAAUUAUGUUAAUAAAAGAUAAAAGAACAUAUACAGUACUGAUCAAAUAUUUAGAAUAAUUUGUAAUAUAUAUUUUUAAACAUCUAUGCUCACCAAAGCUGCAUUUUUGUUGCUAAAAAAUACUGUAAAAUCAGUAAUAUUGUGAAAUUAUAUUGUAAUUCAAAAUAACUGUGUUCAAUGUGACUAUAUGUUAAACUUGAAUUUAUUCCUGUGAUGUAAUGCUGAAUUUGUAGCAUCAUUACUCCAGUCUUCAUUGUCACGUGAUCCUUCAGAAAUCAUUCUAAUAUGCUGAUUUGCUUUUUGAUUAUUUUCAAUGUUCAAAACAGUGCUGCUUCAUAUUUUUGUGGAAACUGUGAUAUACAGACAUUUCUAACCAAAAUCGGUACUAUUGUUUAGCAAAGAUGCAUUAAAUGGAUCAAAAGUAACAGAAAUAAAAUACAUUUUAAAUAAAUGCUAUUCUUUUGAACUUUUUGUUCAGUAAAGAAUUCCGAAAAAUAAAAUCUGUCAUGAUUUCCACAAAAAUAUGAAGUAGCUCAACAUCAGCAAAUGUUUCUUGAGCAGCAUAUCUGCAUAUUAGACACUGACACUGAAAACUGGAGUAAUGAUACUGAAAAUUCAGGUUUGAUCACAGGAAUAAAUUACAUUUGACAAUAUAUCCACAUAGAAAACAGUUAUUUUAAAUUGUAAUAAUAUUUUAAAAUGUUACUGUUUUUACUGUAUUUUUAAACAAAUAAAUGCAGCCUCAAAAACUGAGAAAAAAAAAACGUGGAAAUUGUUUUAUGUAGAAACAUUUUACAAAAAGCACUUUUGUUGUUAUAUUGCGAAUAUAUUCACACCGCAGCACGUCAUGCUUCAAAAUCUCUCAUCCCGUAUUGCUCAUAUAGAUCAAUUGUCCAUUAGGAAACAGUGGGAACAUGGAAAACGCCGUAAAUCUCUUGAGGGACUGUGGCACAAUGAGUCCAGCGAGGCAUUUCCUGUGAUAAGCGUCUACUUGAGCCCGGCGCUGGAUUUAUUUUGGCCCAGACGACGCGACCCUUGCGCCAAAGUAAACCAGACACCUGCUGCCAGGGACAAAGCAGAGAGCGAGCUUAUCGCUGUAAGCAAAAUAUAUCAGUUUCCAGACAGUAAAUGAACGUUGCACUAAACAAAACAUAGGAAACACUCUGCUUUCUGAAAUAUUAGCCUCACUUUGGUGGCAUGAAACCUUCUGGGCAUGAGAUUUUUCUUGUAAGUGAAUGUUCUCAUAUGGCCAAGCAUGUUUUUACUGGUCAUUUGUCAGGUUUGGACUCUUUUCAGGUGUUUAAAUGUACAUAUACUGAGAAAUUUUACCUUAGGAUGUUUACUGAGAAAUAUAAUGAGAGAUUCUAACAGUUAAGGUUAUGUAUAUAUUAAAGUUGUAAAUAAACGCACAACUGUAACAGGAUAUCUUUAUAAUAUCAGAUGGUCUAUAUUUGUUUGUGUGUGUUAAGGUCUUUUUAAAGACAAUACUGAAAUGUUCAGCUAUGAAAGCCAGUUUCUGCAAUGGAAUUUAAAAAAAAAAAAACUAAACAGGACUUUUUAUCUCACAAUUCACACUUUUCUUCAUAUAAACUUGCAAUUCAGAUUUGUCUCCUCAUAAUUCUGUUUAAAUCUCACAAUUCUCACUUUUUCUCACAGUUCUGAGUUCAU